AUGUUUACGGCGACCAGAUCUGCAACCACCACAGCAUCUUUUUGUCGGUUGUUUUCCAGUUCUACAAGAACAUUGUCCAAUAUUGGCAAAAAGCCUAUCAAAUUAUAUGAAGGAGUGAAUUAUUCUAUUGAAUCAAUCCCACUAGAAUUUUGUAAGAAAUUCACUAAACGAAACAAAACAUUUAUUUUAGAUAGACAAAUCAUUACUAAUGGACCAUUAGGUAAAUUACGAGUAGAAAUUCCUGAAUUUAUUAAUAUUUCCCAAACCAAUAAUGAAAAUGAUAAAUCAAUCAUUGUAUCAGUGAAAAAACCUGAAAACAAAAUUCAACGAUCAUUAUGGGGUACAUAUAGAUCAAUUUUAUAUAAUAAUAUUAUUGGUAUUACUGAAGGUCAUUUAUCAAUUGUUAAAUUUGUUGGUACUGGUUAUCGAGCCAUUUUAGAAAAAGAUGAAAAAACUGGUGAAGAUAUAAUUAGUUUAAAAAUUGGUUUACCAUUCACUCCAAAAUUGAAAAUACCAAAAGGAUUAAAAGUAUCAUCACCAAAUCCAGCAAGAUUAGUUAUUGAAGGUUCCGACAAACAACAAGUUAAAUUGUUUGCAGCAUUUAUUAGAGAACAUAAAAAACCUGAACCAUAUAAAGGUAAAGGUAUAUUUGUUGAUGAUGAGAAAAUUGUAUUAAAACAAAGAAAAGUUAAAUAA